GUCAAGAUGGUAGAACAAGUGGAUAUCAACUUUCCUUCGUAAAUAAAUCGCCAAAAAAUGAUGUUAGAGUGAUUUUUUUAUCGAUUUAGUGUAAACUGUUUAUCAACAAAUCACAUAUGUUAAGGAAAAUGGGUGACAGCAGUGAUUCGGAAGAGUUUUUCGACGCUGAAGAAUUUACACCUGUGAAGGGAUCGAAAAGAUCCUCAAUAUGCAAAAGCACAAGCAUAACAGAGAGUAAUUGCAAGGAAAAAGAUAAAGAGAGGACGGCAAGUAAACCAAGUGAUGCACCGAUACAACCAAAUGUUGGUGCUACCAGCACGCCAGUUACAGAGAAUGCGGUUGCUGCUACUCUGGAUGAUAGAAAUAUGGUUAAAAAUGUAGUUCAGGGCAGGAGAAGAUUUCAGGAGCUAAGAAGAUGCAUGCAGACAGAAGAAGAAGAUGAACCAGACCCCCCUCUGUCAGUCCCAACGGAGCAUCCAUUCAAGAUAAUAUCACAUGACACCAUGAGUCUCCAGAGCAUGACGUCACUGGGCAGGAUUGGAAGAAUCCUGAGUGGGGCUGCAGAAUCUCAUUCUAAUAUCCGCGAAUCCACAAUGGCGCCUUCCGCGUCCUCCAGAGAGCCUUCGACCAUGUCGGAUGAACCUAUUAAUGCUGAUAGGACACAAAAUGUGCUGGCGAUGGCGGAGCCGGACGUCAUAGCCAGCACGAAGGCCAAUAGUCUGAAGCAGAACCGCGCGUCGUCCGCCGCCAUCGUGUCCAUGUCAGGCUCCGCGCCCACCGAGCCCCGCCCCGCCAGCGUGGCGGGUCCCGUCGCGCCGCCCAGGAAAAAGAAACGAAACAGACUGCACGGCUCGCAGUCUCUGUCGGCCGCGGACGGGGACAACCUCAGUAUCUGCACCACCGACACCGACGAGAUCCGCUACGUGCGUCGACCGGAGAAACCGCAGCUGGAGACCUUGCUCGUUGAACCGCCAUUGUCGAACUCUCUGAACCAAACUAUGUCGCUGCCGAGCCCAGCAAGCACCAUCGAGUCCUUGACGCGGGAAUUUCAAGAUUCCUUGGAACUGUCGCAGUCAAAGUAUGCGGCAUUGGACAUGUCAUCGCUGUCCCAGCACGAGUCGCGGUCGAGCGAGCGAGCGAGCACGUCUUCCAGAAGCAGUACUGCAACGUCGUUGCGACCGCACCCCACGCACUCAACCCUCGACAUCCGAGAGGCUGUUAAAGGCGAGUACGUGGUGCGUCCGCAAGACGAGGAGCGUUCGCGCGCGUCGGGUGCGUCCGCCGCGGGCACCGCCUGCAACGCAACUGGCACGGGCGCUGCGACCGGCAAUGGGAGCGGACGCACCCACAGCGAGGGCCGGCCGCCCGCCACCGGCACCUCCAGCCUUGGAUCUGUUAACAGACGGUCGGACGGCAGUCGCGCGCGGCGCCGCUCGGCCGGGGACUCCCCGCAGGCGGGCGCGGGGCUGCGCGCGCCGCCGCAGCUGUCCGACAUCGAGAUCCUCGAGCAGGUCACCGUGCUCAACCUCGACACCGCCGUUGCAGGCGAGCGCAUGCCGCUCAGCGUGGCGGAGCACAAGCUGCCGCAGUGCAUCAACCCGCUCAGCCUGCACAUCAUGCGCCUCACCUCCGAGUACAUCGGCCGCGCCCACGACGACGACAACACCAGUUUGAAGAACAAACCAAAGAGUUUAUGGCGGAAAAGGGCUUCGAUAAGCUUCUACAGUAGCUCAUUCAACCACUUGCGGCGCUCGCCGUCCGUGCCCUUACAACCUGCCAUAUCUACCCUCAGUAUUGACACUAGAGAGACAGACGAGGAGAGUGAAAGCGUUUGCGCCGGCGGAGCCGAAGACGAGGCGAAGGAAACUAAGAAAGAAGGCACGGACAGACAAACCACCGCCAUUAAGAGGAAGACUGACAAAGUGAUGCGAGCCGAACUAGUGAAGUGUCAUUCCCAAGACAACAUAAACGUCAGAUUAAAACGCUUCUUCGGAAGCACCGUGAAGAAGACGGUGGACGCGGCCAAAUCCCUCGCUCAGGAAGUAUCGCACGCGCGGCAUAAGGAAGAUGUUGCGGACAUAGUGGACGACGUUCGCGGAGAGCACAAUAUUAAACUAAAGGCUUCCAACUCGCACAAAGGGCCUUACGACUUCGACGGAUGUGUCAGAUACGUUCAGGAGAUGGGGUCGGGGCACUCGGGCGCGCUGUGGUGCUGCAAGUUCAGCGUGUGCGGGCGGCUGCUGGCCACGGCGGGACAGGACAAGCUGCUGCGGAUAUGGGUCACGCGCGACGCCUACCACAUGUUCCACGACAUGCGCACAAAAUACAACGCCGAAAAGAAAUCUUCCCCCACCCCUUCCCAAGAGUCCCUCGCGCCUCUCGCGCCUCCUCCCCCCUCCCCAGAAGAACCCCCCCUGGGCCCAGCAGCGCCCUUCUGUCCCAAACCAUUCUGCGUGUACUCCGGACACACUUCUGAUCUUCUGGACGUCUCGUGGUCGAAGAAUUACUUCAUUCUGUCUAGCUCUAUGGACAAGACUGUCAGGCUGUGGCACAUCUCGAUCGGCGAGUGUCUGUGCUGCUUCCAGCACAUCGACUUCGUGACGGCCAUCGUGUUCCACCCGCGCGACGACCGCUACUUCCUGUCCGGCAGCCUGGACGGCAAGCUGCGCCUGUGGGACAUCCCCGACAAGAAGGUAGCGGUAUGGAAUGAAGUGGACGGCAAAACUAAACUAAUAACGGCAGCCAACUUCUGCCAGAACGGCAAGUUCGCGGUCGUCGGCACCUACGACGGCCGCUGCAUCUUCUACACCACGGACCAGCUCAAAUACCACACGCAGAUCGACGUGCGCUCCACCCGGGGGAAGAACUCCACCGGCAGGAAAAUCAGCGGCAUCGAACCUAUGCCCAACGACGACAAAAUACUCAUUACCUCGAACGACAGCAGAAUAAGGCUUUACGAUUUGCGAGACCUAAACUUAUCCUGCAAAUACAAAGGCUACGUGAACGUUUCCAGCCAAAUUAAAGCCAGUUUCUCUCACGAUGGGAAAUAUAUAGUUAGCGGUUCGGAAAACCAGUGUAUUUAUAUAUGGAAGACCUGUCAUGAUUAUUCGAAGUUCACGUCAGUGAGGAGGGACAGGAACGACUUCUGGGAGGGGAUAAAGGCGCAUAACGCGGUGGUGACUUGCGCGGUGUUCGCUCCCAACCCCGACCACAUGAUCCGCAUGAUCACCGACCGGGAGGAGAAAAUGAACGCGGGAAGUAAGACGCCGGACGAGAAGGAUGAAGUGAAGGCGGCGGAGGGCGGCAUGGUGGCGUCGUCGCAGACGGGCCACGUGCUGGUGAGCGCGGACUUCAACGGCUGCAUCAAGGUGUUCGUGCACAAGGCCAAGCCCAAACACAGCUCGCUGCCCGCCUCCGCGCUGGCCUGAGGGCCCCGAGCCUCAUCUCAGAGCCAUCACAUCCCCCGAGGGCAUCUCAUCCGGGAGGUAUGCAACGGGUUCCCCGGGCGUCUAACAAAGCCAAAAAGAGGGGCACGCCGUGGUGGUUUUUAGUUAGGGUAUACCCCUUUAGAGGGGGGAGUCCCACAUAAUCUCCGUCCUGCCCAAGUCUCGGAGGUUAUGUGGCCAAAAAAUAAUAAUUGGGCGUAAUUCAAAAAACUUGGCAGAAAAUGGAAAAAUGCUCCUACUUUACGAGGGAUAUAAUUUUUUUAGGGUAGGCAGUGCUUCUGUGCAUGUAUUAAGUGCACAAACUAUUGCCAAUCCCAUUACAAGUAAGCCUGACAGUGGUUUCUGGUAGCCAAUACACCUCCCCGGCGCAACGGUAAGCGCUGUGAAUUUAGGUAGGGGUUCGAUUUCCGGCUGGGGCAAUUUGGGAAUUUGUAAUUUCUUAAUUU